GUGUUUUGGUAAACUCCAGGAUGCAAAUCAAAUUCCAGACGCCAGGCAAAGGACCAAUAAUUGUUAAACACAGCAACACAGUUAUUGGCACUCGUAUCCCUGCCUUUGGAAUCAGCUGUGAGUGGAUACAGCACUUUUGGGAAAUGACUGGCUGUACACUGCGUGCACUUUUGCCAGAAUGUAGAGGACAAAAUGUUCAGAUACACCACACCUGCCUGAGAAAACAUUUCAGAAAUACAGAGUACAGUAGGAAAAGAUUGGUUGCGCUGGAAGGAGCUUGUUGUAGUUAUGCUUACUGCACCCGAUCGUGAAGCCGGCAGUGGACAUUGUGGUUGCGGUUAGUCUGGAGCAAUUCGGAUCAAAUAGCGGUUGUCCGUCUACAACUACGAAACCACUAACCAGGAUUUUGUUGUUUAGUAUCUCUGGUUGAAAAUUAGAUUUUGUGCUCAACCAGAACGGUGUGAAUGUUGUUUUGUGCUGUCCGGCUACGUUUCCUUGGCAACUUUCAUUAACUUAAUGUACAGUAGUUAUACUGUGUUUAUGUACUGUGUAUUACCUACUUAACUAACAAACAAGGAUGCACGAAUGCUUUGAUUGGAAAGCCCCUUUCUAAUAUUGCUGAAUAAUGAUAUUCCAACGCUGCUAGUGUUGGCUUGAACCGGUUGCAGAAUUGUCAGAGUUCGUAUGGCUUCGAACACCGUCAAUGCUGACGAUUCAGUGUCGAAUUUGAGUGAUAUACCUUCUUCGAGCAGAUCAGAAAAUAAAAUCAAAAAGUCUGUACGCUUUCGAGAUCCAUCUGAUCAAAACAGCGGUGCUCACACUCCCAGUGAUCUAAGCGGUGAUGUCGGUGACAAAUCUGCGCAAAUGGAACGGGCAGCGAAAGAGGCUGCGUACAAGGACUCCAAAACCAAAUUUCCACAAAAAGGUUCAGCUAUAUCGGUUAGAAUGGAGGAUCUUGAAUUGGAUAACGAAACAGAAGAUGAUCUGUCGGAUACCCAAGAAAAAACUGGAAAGGAAUUCGAAAGGGAUUUGUUGGGCGAACAGCCGAAAUCUGAUUCCGCAGAGCAUUCUCUUACUAAGAGAAGUGAAAGUCAGUUUGCAAGGCCAGUGCAGCCACUGCAACAUGCAUCGAAAUUAGUUGAGAAACCUAGCACGAACGACAGCAAGAAACAGCUAAGCGAUGCAAAGCCGAGUUCACCAUUAAACUUCCGCGAUGGCUCCAAGACCAAAGACUCUGAGAGGCAGAAGCCAAAAGCCGAUAAUACGGAGAAGACUUGUUACAUUGAUAAACGGCGUCUGUCGGAAGUACGUCCCGCAGAUGAAAUUCGCUGCACCUGUGAAGACUUUGAAAAGUAUCCUGAGCACAUUCGAAGCGAGAGUCGAGAGAAAAAAGAGCGCCCAACUGAAAAUGGAACCAAACCGUCGGAAGCGAAACCGCAAGUGUCCGACAAACAAGAUAUACAAGAGUCAAAGCCGCCGGCACGGGAAAAACCGCAAUCGCUCCAACCGAAACCGGAGCAGACCGAAAAGCCGGAAACACCGGUGUCAAAACCGGAGACCAGUAAAUCCUCGCAACAGAAAACCGAAAAAGAUGAAUAUGACAGAUUAAAUGUCACGAAAAAGGAUUCAUCUACGCUGGGAAAGUUAUGGGAUAACCUCAAGAGUGCAACCAAUAAUUUGGCCAAAAAGCCUUCAACGGAUAUUCAACAGCUACCACAGCAAAAACCAACUGCAUUCAGGGACACUCAGUCGUUGAGUUCUGUUCCCGCCAGUGGGUUACCGGACUUCAUUCAGCGGUUUUCAUCGGCUUCGAAACUUGCCGAUCUGGUGAAACCAGAAAGCGUGCAAAAAGCGGCACCUAUCAGCACUGCUUAUCAGACGAAUCCUCACAUUAAAAUACAUGCCAAAAUUGACGUUGGAACUGGCAAAAUCGAAAAGAUAGUGCUUGAGAAUACCGAAAGCGAUAACGUUACCGGUACGAAAGAACCUAAAUUCGAAUUCUUGCCGGUUGAGCAAGCUGCGGCCACAAAUGCAGGAACGCCCAACGAAGGUGCCCCAAGCAGUUCACAAAAUAAACAGCAAGAGCAACAAAAGCUUGCUGACGAGCCUGUAGAAGAUACGCAAAUGCCGACUUCAAAUUCACAAGCAAGCGCGUCACAUGAUGCGAACGAUGUACCGGAAGCGCUUAACUCUCCACCAGCACCAUACAAUGCCAACACCGUCAGCGAGUUUCUCAUGGAGAGACCUAUCACCGAUGCUUUGUUCAGCCGACCGGCUGUGGGACGGAAAAAGUCACAAGGUCGAGCCAGUGAGAAGCGGCUUCACAUGAAAUCCAAUCCAGUUCCGUUCAAUAAAAGCCACGAAAGCCUUUCGGACAAUGAAUCGAAAAGGAAGCGCAAGCGGGUGAGGUUUGCUGAUUCCGACGAACUGAUUGACGUAAAGGUGUCGGAGCUUUCGGACAGCGCAAGCGAAAAUGAAGAUACAGGAACAGGGGAAACAUCCAGCGGUAUCAAGGAUAAAAUUAUGGACCAGGCAAAGCAGUUGUGCGAUUCGGCGAAAGACACGAUUGUGUCGUUUGUCCAUCCAACAGCCAACUCAAAUAAACAAAACCAACAGCAAGAAAUCAACCCACAAAACGAUGUUGCAAGUGAAAACAGUUCAGACAUGAAGAGCCAGAAAACGUCGGACAAAGAGUCAGAAAGCUCGGAUCAUGAGAAUGCAUCCGGAUUUCAGAUUAUAUCUAAACUGGAGGCUACCAAAAACGUACUGGAAGAAAAGGCUAAGAGUGUUACUGGAACAGUGAUAGAGAAAGUGAAUGAUCUGGUGCCCUCGCUUCGAACAGCCAAUGCAGAAGCAGAGGCCGGAAAUACUGAAACAGAAAAAACCCAGGAUAAUGCAGUUAACAAGGCUAAGCUGAUUUAUGAUAAAGUAAAAACGGGAUUAUUGAACCAAUCGAACAACCUGGUCGGCGCAGCGAAAGACACAGCUUCCAGUUUUUUCGAAGACUCACAGAAACACAACGAUGCCACAAAUGCCGGUUCCACGCAUUCUCUGGAAAAGCCGAAUGAUUCUGGGCAAAACGAUAGUGCAAGCCUAAUUGAUAACAUUCGAACCGAUGGCUUCGGGAAAGCUGUAAAGGAUGCUGUUGCUAAUGUGUUUUCUUCCGGCGAGAACGUGUCCAAGGAAGAAACGCGGGAGGAUAUACCGUCGCAAGAUAUAAAAUCGGAAGCACGAGUGGGGAAAGCUAGUGAAUCAACAAAACAAGCAUCGAAUCCACAGGAAAGCCAAAUAUCUGACACCGAAAAUGUCCUAGACAAACCUGACGAAAACUUGUCGUUUCUCGGAAAAGUAAAGGACCAGAUAUUGGACCAAGCUGGACAUGCGUACGACUCGGCUAAAGAGGUUGCUGGAAAAACUGUUGGGACCGCAAGCGACCCUGCAGCAGAUACUCGCUCUCUUGUCGAACCUAGUGAAAACUCCGGUUCACAGCAGAAAGGCGCUUCACAAACUGGUAAAACCAUCGGGAGCAUUGUAGAAAAAGUAAAAGACCAGUUGCUGAAUCAAGCGGAGCAUACGUAUGAUUCUGUAAAGAACGUUGCUGGGAAGAUUGUUGGAACAACCACUGAGGAGGCUUCCGCUUCUAGUCCUCCGGACAUAUCUGACAAAAAGGAAGAUCUUUCGGAAGACGAAAAGAAAUCUGCAGAAACUACCGAUAAGGCCACUGCAAACGUUUUGGUAAAAGCCAAGGAUCAACUCGUUCAUCAAGCUGAACAAGUUUACGACUCAGCAAAAGAGACUGCUGGGAAAAUUGUAGGCGCGGCAACCGAAAAGCUUUCACUGAUUAGUCACCAGUCUCCUGAGCCACAAAAGGCCAAAGCUCCUGAUACCAGCAGUGCGCAUGAAAACGCGCGCGAUACAGUGGAAUCCUCAAAUAAAUCGGGGUACAAAGAGUCUGAGAAAGCCCAGGCUCGCGGCAAAGGCUCGUUUAUUGAUCUGUUAAAAUCUGAGGGAUUAGGCCCGGCUCUCAGAUCAAUAGUAUCCAACACCUUUGUCGGCUCAUCUGAUUCUGAAAAGAAAAACGAAGCUACCGAAAAAGGCGACGACCUUCCGACCCACGCACUAAACGUAAAAAGUAAGAAAGCCGAUGCCGACAAAGAAAAUGACACAGAAAUACUGCAGAACUCCGACAUCCUUACUGAGGAAAGCGAGGACGAACUAUCUUCCAAAGACUUGAAAAAUCGCCGAUUAAGCCCUACUGACAGUGACGAAAUGGAUGCCCAACCCAAUCCUAUACAUGCCACCAGAAGUCUGACCGACUUAAAGGAUGACCACAGUAGUCGCACAUUAGAGCAACAGCAGCAGAAGGCGGACGAGGAUGAUAGCAGCACAAAAUUAGCAGAUGAGUCGCCAGCGCAACACCAAGACCACCCACAAGAACAUGAGGGGCUUUUCGACCGGUUCAAGCAUAUGAUCUUGCAUGCGCUCGAACACCAUCCCGAGCAACAGACGCCGAAUCCCGCAGUUCCUCAAACCAAAGCCAGUUUGCCUUCUUCUUGCAACGAGAAUUGUGUGGAUUAUUGUGUCAAGCAUUCGGGAGAGUUCCUUAUUGCCGACCCAGAUCGGCAUAUGACCCGAUCACGAACUAACCUCACUUCACAACACGACCUGUCGGAGCCGGUGAGGGAAACGGAGAACAACACGAAAGAAAUUAACCAGUCACGAGAAGCCUCCAGCGCGGAACACGGAAUGCUGAACAAUGUUUAUGGAACAGUAAAGGAAAUGCUGAGCUUUAUUUUUGUCGCGGAACACGGGGAAUCACCGAAUGAAGGAACUACCAAAGACGUACAGAAUUCAGAGGAAUCAAAUGGAGAAAACAAAAACAGCAAAACGUUCCACAAUACAGAUCAAAAUACGUCCGAAAGCGAAGAUGCGGAAGACGAAGUACAACAGAGACAAGCCAAUAACGAGCAGGCCAGAAACGAAGCGACCCUCGACGAAAGUAUCCUUCGAACGCGUCGUGCACGUCGGAAGAAGCCGCCCAGUGGCAUCGAGACAGGCACCUUCUCCAUGCCGUACUCUUUCAACCAACAGGGCCCUCCCAUAUCCGUUGAUCUGAAUGAUGAUUCGGAAAGUGAUGCACACACUUUACCCGACCACAUGUUCCGCCCACCCGGAGCUGUGCGAUACGCUGCAUACAUCAUUGGCGGCUGUAUGGUGUCCAUGGUGCUGUUGGCUCUGCAGGAACGCGUUACCGAAUCAGUGUGGAUACGACCGGAAGUGUGGAUACCGCGGCUAGCAGUGACGGUGUUGGUGACCUUAAUGAUUGGUUUGGUAUAUGGAUUCGUCACCAAAACGGACUUUGUGCGGAAACCAAAUAGUAAUAGUCGUUUGAAUUCAGACAGUGACCGUGUUAAAAAUAAAACUUGAUCUAAUUUUAGUCAUUAUUUUUAUUGGUUGACGAGAUUCAGGGCAGGUACAGUGCACACUUGAUCAGUACAACUGCAGUCUGUUUGUCUAUAGUGUUUUGUGGUAAUUGCCACGACACUUGUAUCGCUGGCGUUUUAACUGUUUGAAUUAUGUCGCUGACAUUUUGCGCAUAUCGCAAGCCGUGCUUUUUUAAAUUAAACAUUGAAGUGAAAACCAAA